AGUAUAAGACACAAUUGGAGUCGCGCUCUUAAACCAGAUGCCAGCAACCUCAGAUUUCCUCUGGCACAAAAUCAAUUAAUCGUCGCUUUUUGAUUGAACACCAUCGUAUUAUUUGUUUUGUUUUGGGGUUUUUUUUCUUCUUCUAUUUUUUUUAAUGUAGAAUGGGCUGCGCAAUUUCAGGUCUGGCAGCAAAAGCGGAGUUUGGAGAGAGGAAUACGGAGGAUGCUGAUGCUGCGGCCGCUGCGCGUCCCAGCGAGGAUCAGAUUCAGAUGAUCAAGAAGUCGUGGAAAGUUAUCCGGGACGACAUAGCUAAAGUUGGGAUUAUUAUGUUCGUCAGGUUGUUUGAGACCCAUCCCGAGUGCAAGGAUGUCUUCUUCCUGUUCCGAGACGUGGAGGACCUGGAGAGGUUGCGGACCAGCCGGGAGCUCAGGGCACACGGUUUACGGGUGAUGUCUUUCAUCGAGAAAAGUGUGGCGAGACUGGACCAGCUGGAGAGACUGGAGGCUCUGGCUCUGGAGCUGGGGAAGAGCCAUUAUCAUUACAACGCCCCACCUAAGUACUACAGUUACGUCGGAGCAGAAUUCAUCUGUGCCGUGCAGCCCAUCCUGAAGGAGAGGUGGACGGCCGAGCUGGAGGAGGCAUGGAAGACCAUGUUCCAGUAUGUGACCAGCCUAAUGAAGCAGGGCUACCAGGAGGAGUGCAUCCGACAGCGUCACCUCACACUCUCUCCGAAGGACAGACCGGAAAAGAGGAACACAGCGCUAUGAGAUGCUUCUUUGCUUCACCACAACUCAGACUGUUUCUACCAGUUGCAGCACAGAAAUGUGUCUGUGUAUAUAGUGUAUUUACCAUCUUGUUUUCUACAUUACUCAUGUUUGCCGCAGUAAUUGUUUGCUAUUUUCUCAAGAACGGACAGAAAUCAUACAUGCCGACU